ACACACACACACACACACGUAAUAUGCAGAUAAGUAAUAUAGUAAUAUAGAUAUAGAUCGCGCUGCAAUCAAGAUUGUGCGAUUAAUCGAUAUUGAUAUAUUGAUAUAUUUAUAACAUAUUCACAAGAUUUACAUAUUUUAUUCACAAGAUUUACAUAUUUAUGUCGUAUUUAUAAUUACAAUAUUUAUAUAUUUAUAUCAUAUUUAUAAUUCAUAUUAUCGAUCACAUUUCAUUUGAAACAAUAAUUCCGGUUCCUAAUGUCGAGCAAUCGAUUGUCAAUCGUGAUUGCGGUUGAUCUAACCUAGAAUCCCUAAUCGAUUGAUGCAACGUCAGUUUCAAGCGCAAUGCAAAGCCCUGCUGAGUUCUAUCUGCUGAAACUAACGAGGAGGUGAUAAACUCCAAUAAAAACGUAUGCACGCUUCAAAUUACGGACACAACGGGGUCUCAUCAGUUUCCCGCGAUGCAGCGGCUCUCCAUAAACAAAGGUCACGCCUUCAUCCUGGUGUAUUCGGUGUGCUCACGGCAAAGCCUCGAGGAGCUACGACCUAUUUGGGCUGUUAUUAGGGAACUUAAGGGGCAGAAUAUAUCGCAGAUACCUAUAAUGCUGGUUGGGAACAAAUGCGACGAGAGCCCGUCGGUGCGCGAGGUGUCGAUGAGCGAAGGCGCCGCGGAAGCGGCUAACUGGGGCUGUGGUUUCCUGGAGACGUCCGCCAAGAUGGAUCACAACGUGAAAGAGUUGUUCCAGGACCUGCUGUUGCUCGAGAAGAGCAGACCGGUAUCGUUGCAGCCUGUGGAGAGCAACAACGCCAUCAGUCUAAAGGAGAAAUGCUGCGUGAUAGCUGAUACGCAACUCAGUCCGUCUCCUAGGUUUCACCAGACCAACGACGCGUACGCGUUCUUCAUUCUGUACCAGUCGGCUCGUUAUAACAGUCGGAUCAUUGUAACGCAACAUUCUGACCAUCCACUCGAGCUAUACCAAGCUUAUAUAUAUACUAUACAAGAAGGGACACCAUCAUUCUGGCCGACGACAGCCGAUUCAGACCAAGAACCGAUUUAA